AGCAAACCUCCUGUGCCCGUGAGUCGCGUCCUCUUUGAUGGUGCACUUAUGCAGUUCAUAUCGGAGGGAUGGAGGCUAAAUCCUCUGUGUCCCACAGCACGCUACAAGGUGUGGGGACCAGUGUUGGGUCCAGUGUCCUCGCUGCCGUCAAACACCUGCCCUCCGUCCGAUGGCUGUCCAGCGCCAUGGAAACCAAGCUCCUCCAUAGGCUGGCAGUUGUACAGUACAUCCUGUCUUUCCUCUUAAUGGGUCCAGUGUGUAUAAUUGUGCUGCUCUACCUCCUCUACACGUCCUGUUGGUGGGUUACAGCUCUGUACUGUCUGUGGCUGGCACUCGACUGGAACACACAUAAACAAGCUGGUAGGAGAUCUGAGUGGGUAAGAAACUGGCCUGUGUGGACAUACUUCAAGGACUACUUCCCCAUCCGACUCAUCAAAACACAUGAUUUACCUCCAAACAAGAAUUACAUCUUUGGCUACCACCCACAUGGAAUUUUCUGUUUUGGAGCAUUCUGCAACUUUGGCACUGAGGCCAACAAGUUUUCCGAGAAGUAUCCCGGGAUAACUCCGUACGUGGCCACUCUGUCGGGAAACUUCCUCUUGCCUGUAGCCCGCGAGUACUUAAUGUCUGCUGGUGUUUGUCCCGUCACCCACGACACCAUUGACUUCCUCCUCUCUCGGAACGGCACAGGAAAUGCGGUCAUCAUCGCUGUGGGAGGCGCCGCGGAGUCCCUCAACAGCAGUCCGGGGGAGAACCACAUCACCCUGAGGAACCGUAAGGGUUUUGUGCGGAAGGCCCUGAAGCACGGGGCGGCCCUGGUGCCAGUCUUCUCCUUCGGCGAGAAUGAGACCUACCAGCAGGUGAUGUUUGCGGACGGCUCCGUGUGCCGGCGUAUCCAGAAGCGUCUGCAGAAGGCCCUGGGCUUCGCGAUCUGUCUGAUCCGAGGCUGCAGGCUGUUCUCUGCAGACCCCUGGGGACUCAUGCCCUUCCCCAAAGCCAUCACCUCCGUGGUGGGAGAGCCGAUCGACGUCCCGCAGGUCAGCGAGCCCAGUGCCGAGGAGGUGGACCGGUACCAUGCGCUCUACAUGUCUGCUGUACAACGCCUGUUUGAGAAGGAGAAGACCCAGUUCGGCCUGAAAAAGAGAGACACGUUGCACAUACACUAAAGACCUGCCGACCAGCAACCCAGCAUCACCGCUCAGGCUGACCUUUGACCCCAGACUGGUGUCUAGUGGGACCAUUUACCUGAAAUCAGCCUUCACCUGUACACGACAAGGGAGGAGACUAUCAUCACACAUCUGCUAGGCUUGAUUCUGUGUAGCUGUAUGGACAUUAUGGUCUUUUUUUAUAUUCUAACCUCAUUUGAACUAAGGAAUGCAGAAGCAUAAUAAUAAAAAAAAAACUUGGGAAGGAACUGUGUUCACUGGAUACGGCCUUGCACUGAAGUUAGCCUACAUUGGUGGGAGGAAAGGUCUGUUUACCUUUUGAGGCACUGCUAAGGACAGCACUUUAACUUCAUCUGCACAAUAGUUACAUAACCUGUGUCCCUUCUGCACCAUUGUGCUGCUAACUGUAGUCUGUUUAACAGGGCGUUGCCAUUUAAUCUGUUGAUAACCUUGUAAUACAGAAACAUUGUUUAUUGGUGUCAUGGUUAAAUUUUCCUGAAGUGCUUAAAUGUUUCUUUUGUAAAUAAAGUAUCUA